CUCAUGACGAGCUCAUUGUUCACCCCAACACCAUUGGACCAUUUCAGCAGCACGUCCCUUCGCGUGAUAGAUUCAGUUCUUUUGUGGCCAUGGCAGUAACUACCUUUGAUGGCCAGUUCAGCUUCAAGCAGGACUCCUUGGCUCGACUUGGAAAGCGAGACACACCAAAGAUGAAUGCGGACCAGUAUCAGGCAUUCCAGAAUAGCCCUUUCAUGCAGGGUGUGCGGAAGACAGAGGACUUAUGCUGGACCUUCACUUGUGAUCGAGAUGAAAAGCGGAAGAAGACCGAUCCAUCCUUUAAACCUACGGAUGACGAUUUUGGUGCUCCGAAAGCUCACGAGUUCGACCGCUGCAUCAACUACUACAAGGUGCUUGGCAUUGAUGAAUAUGCUAGUCAGGAGGAGGUCAAGAAGGCAUACAAGAAAUUGUCGUUGGUGUACCACCCUGACAAGACCGCUGGUAUGGGUGCAGACCAGAAGGAAGAGUACGCAGCGAUCUUCAUAGAGCUAAAGAAUGCCUACCUCACCUUGAGUGACAAUCCCACCAGACGCCAGUAUGAUCGCGAGCGGGACAGAGACAAAGCAUCUUUCGAGGUGAGCGGCUUCAAACCAAAGACACGUGCACACUUCGAUGCCAGCGAAGUGCUGAAGAAGCUGCAGGAGAUGCAGAAGCCACCUGGGAAACACAUCGACAUCCCAAUGGCGGUGAAGUUGGAAAAGUUCUUCUAUGGUGGUCACAAAGGCAUUCGCCGGGAACGACGUGUGAAGGACUUUGGGGGCUUCAAUCAAGAGACACGUAUCUACAGAGUUGACAUUCCCCGAGCGGCAACUGAACCUCAUGAAGUAACCUUCCGGUCAGGCGGUGACCAUCAUGAGGACACUCGUCCAGAUACUCUUUGUUUCAAGAUGUCGUCUAAACCGCACGCUGUGGUCGAGCGACGUGGUGAGGAUCUUGUCCUGCGAUCACGGGUUGGUCUUGGGACACGCGCACAGGACGAUCCUUACCUUUGGGCAGAGACGCCUACUGUUGGCGGGAGACAUCUUCUGCUUUGGGGUGGAAAUCCGUUCUAUCACACCUCUGCUGCAUCCGGGGAGAUGAAAGUUCAGGUGAAAGGCGAAGGUUUGACACCUUCCGCGUCUUUGCACAUGGUGUGCCGACUGGGGCUUGCUGCCACCACUUCCAGUCCAGUGGCUGCUCCUUUCAGGCCUGCAGCCCGAGGGAGUGCAGAUCAGGUUUUGCUGACCAUAAAACAUAUGCAGACCGACGGCAAGAUCUUCAUUCGCAUCCACAAGACUGCCACCAUAGGAGAGGUUCGCUCCAAGAUCAUCGAGGUUCUAGACUUGCCCCGAAACGCGACUGUGAGGAUGCUGCAGCACUUCAGUGGUGGGUACACUCCCUUCAGCGAAAGGCAGCAGUUGGGUGCUUUGCGGUCCUUGAAUUGUGCAGGGACUGCUUGGAACGGGGUGAACCUGACGCCUGCGCGCUGCAAGCAGUUUCUUCAGGAUGUCAUUCGCGCUAGCGAACAGCCAGAUGCACAGGCAAAGCGAGGCAGUGAUGCCGAUAUCGUUUCAGUGCUGGUCAACGUCCUGCCCGAGUAUGGCCUGGAACCUGGUUUGUCGGUGAUGAAGGACACUCUUGUGUUGGCUCAGAAGAAGGUUGAAGGGCUUCCUGGAAUGGAACAUUUGGUGGAGAAGAUCAACAGCCUGCAGAGUAUGACCAAGACACAGGCCGGGAAACAUGUCAAUGGAGCUCAGAAGACCCUUCCAGGGGAGAUCAACGGGUCGCAGAGGUCUGGGAUUCAAUCCUUCCUGCUGAUGCACAACUUGGGGCCCCCAGGUGGCUUUGCCAAAGCAGAUCAGCAGACAGCGAAUGAAGCACCAGCCAUGCUUCGUCGGCUGGCACGACGGCAACAAUGGGACGCUAGCUGUAGGGUGACUCUGGAGCCAUGGGGUGAGCCCAUGACACUCUUCACCAAGCCGACCUGCAAAGUGACGUUCUACACAAACCUCCACCAACCAAGGAGUGCUGGGUGUGUUGUGGAGCCCAUCUUUGCAGUGUCGAUUUGUUCGCCGCCCUGUGCGAAGAAGAAGGCGGCCUCAGAGUGGCGGAACCUUAAGGAUAGCUUGGUGCCUCUCUUGAAGCUCACUGCCUUCCAUGUCUUCAAGGCAAUCCGCCGGAUCUUGCCCAUGUCUUUGGCCAAUGCACCAGCUGCAGUCUCCGGUGACUGCAGUGAGGCUACGGCAAUGCCUUGGAAGGUUCUGGCAGAUGAGGCAUUUCAUGAAAAGAACUACUUCAUGGCUGGCAGCUUCUAUACCAGGUGGAUGGAGGAACAUUUGGAUGAUGAACCAUCAGUCCAAGCAGCAGUGCUGUCAAAUCGGGCAGCUUGUUGGGCGAAGGUGGGGCAUUUUGAGGCAUCCAAAGAAGAUGCUCAAAAAGCUCUGGAGCUUCGUCCGGACUGGGGCAGG